AUGGCUCAAGACAACGCAACGAGGAAGCGGUACGCCGUUGUUGGCACAGGCGGUCGAUCAAGCUUCUUCUACUCUGCCAUCGCCACUGACUAUAGCAAAACAUCUUGCAUCGUAGCAUUUUGCGACACCAACCAAACCCGCAUGAAUUAUGCCAACUCAAAGCUCAAGUCCCUAGGGCACGGUGAGGUGCCGACGUUUCUUGCUAGCAACUUUGACCAGAUGAUCAAAGAGACUCAGCCUGAUGAAGUCAUCGUCACAACCAUGGACAGGACACAUAACAUAUACAUUGUCCGCGCUCUGGAAUUAGGAUGUAAUGUCAUCACAGAGAAGCCUAUGACUGUUGAUGCACCAAGAUGCAAGGAAAUCUUUUCUGCUGUUGAACGAACAGGAAAGCAAGUUCGCGUUACGUUUAACUAUCGAUAUGCGCCACAUAACACAAAAGUCUUUGAGCUGAUCAAGUCUGGUGCUAUUGGCAAGGUCACAAGCGUUCACUUUGAAUGGAUGCUCAACACAAGCCAUGGAGCCGACUACUUCCGCCGCUGGCAUAGAGACAAGCGUAACAGCGGCGGUCUCUUGGUUCACAAGUCAACUCAUCACUUUGAUCUUGUCAAUUUCUGGCUACAAACACGGCCCCAAACAGUCUUUGCGACUGGUGAUCUUGCCUUCUACGGUAGAGAAAACGCCGAAAAACGCGGCAAGACUGAGUUCUAUACUCGCGCACACGGUAGCGAAGUCGCCAAGUCGGAUCCAUUUGCCCUACAUCUUGACCAGAAUCCUCAGCUGAAAGCCAUGUAUCUUGACGCUGAGCAUGAAGACAGCUACUACCGCGAUCAGAGUGUAUUUGGCGAUGGGAUCAGCAUCGAGGAUACAAUGAAUGUGCUUGUCAAGUACCGAAACGGGGCCAGUCUCUCAUACUCUCUCACAGCCUACGCGCCAUGGGAAGGUUUCCGGGUCAGCUUUAAUGGAACUGGUGGGCGACUUGAAGUUGAGAUCGUCGAGAACAGUUACGUCAACUCUGGGGGAGACCAAGCUGCCGAGGGUUCCAUUGAGAGCCGAAAGAUCUUACUGAGACCCUUGUUUGAAAAGCCACGAGAGAUCCAAGUCGAAGAAGGCGUUGGCGCUCAUGGUGGUGGAGAUACUGUUUUGCUCAAUGACUUGUUCGGAACACCAGUAUCUGACGAGUAUAUGAGAGCGGCGAGUCAUAUUGAUGGGGCUGCAUCGAUACUCACAGGUAUUGCGGCGAAUAGGUCUAUCGCUACUGGGCAGGCUAUCAAUGUGGAUGAUAUCUUGAUUGUCCCGGAUUCUUGA